AUGGCGAAACCAUUCGACCCCGAGGAGGCGGAGAAUUUGGAGGAUAUGGAGAAGCAGUUCGCCGUCAAAGCGGUUGAACAUCUCAUGACAUACUGGUCUAUUCUGGAGAAGGUCAAGGGCUCGACGCUUCACUUGACCAAGCAGGAUGAUGAUAUUUACGACUCAUUCAAAGAGGCAUUCCCCGAUUUUGAUCCCGCCGCAACUCUUGUCGAGGACGAGAUGAAGAGCAAAGAGGGCAAGGAGAAGUGGCGCACCUGGAUGAUGAAGUGGGACCAGAUCGAGGACUACAACUUUGGCACCAUGAUCCGUACCCGUGCGGAUGUCGAGUACGACCAAAAUACCACCAUUUUCGGUGUGCGCAUGCAGUUCUACGCUAUUGAAAUCGCUCGAAACCGCGCCGGCCUGAACGAUUGGGUUUACGAGAAGGCCCAGAAGGCUAGCUCCUGA